CGUUUCCGGUUUUGUUUUAGUUGCCAAGUCGCCAUUACUGCGGCGAGAACGUUAUUGUGUUUUGCGGCAAAUUUUCGUCGUUAUCGACGAAGGGAGUUUCCUGCUCCCAAAAGUUUUCAGAUCUAUUUUUCUAAUAACCCAAUUGAGUUCAUCUGAAUCAGGAAUUACUGUAGUUCACGGUUUUUCUUGUUUGUGACAUUAUAAACAUGGCUUGUUAAAAUGUCUACCUUCAAAUUACCCGUUGCCACUCCUUUUGGAGGUGCUUCAAAGUACAUUAAUAUUAAGGCUGGAGGACGUAGGAAUGGAGAAAAAAGGAACUCGGAAUUUACCAACGUUGAGGGGUACUGCCACUGAUUCAAAAAAAGAUGGUAUUAACAGUAAGUUGUGGCCUCGCGGGUCCCGGCGUCGAGAAGUCGCUGGCAGUAGUCUUUCAACAAAAAAUGAACCAUCUCAUAAACCGCAACCUCAACGUGUCAAGACCUUCGAUAAGCGACCAAAACCCCGAGGUUCAUAUUAUACAGGUGCAAUGGCUCGAAAUGAGGAGACCGAGGUAGAAGAACAUUCAGCUGAAUUGGGUUCAGUUUUUUUACCAGGCAGCAAAAAGCAAAGCUUGAAUCAUUUAUUGAAUUUUUCUUAUACACCAAGAGAUAGUUACCAAACUCAAAGAGUAUUUAAAGAUGGCUGUAAAGGAAGCAACAGUAUGCUGACCACUAAGAAACAUAAGUAUAACAAGGAACAUUUUCUACAAGCCAAUUGUCAAUUUGUUGUCAAUGAAUCUGGUAAUUACAAACAAUAUCUGAACAAUCCAGAUGACUUAGUUGACUGGAAUUUGGUUGAACAGGUGAAUAUUCAAGUAUCCGAGUUUCCAACUUGUCCAAUAUGCCUUUAUUCGCCUGUAGCUGCUAAAAUGACUCGUUGUGGUCAUAUUUACUGUUGGUCUUGCGUUUUGCAUUUCUUAUCUCUAUCUGAAAAACCUACCAGGAAAUGCCCAAUCUGUUUCGAACCACUAUAUAAAAGUGAUUUAAAGAGUGUUGUAGCACUCCCUUAUUCCACAUUCAAUGUAACUGAGACAAUAACCUUCAAGUUAAUGAAGAGGUUGAAAGGAAGUUUAAUUGCAUAUCCCAUAGAUGCAGAUGUUAAGGAAGGUGAUGUUAUAUUCAACAUGUCUGAAAAAAAUGUUCAAGAUGUUUAUUCGAAGCUGCUUUUAGCGAAGAAGGAGGAUAUCUUGUUGAUUUGUUCAAGAGAGUACAAUGAAUUGACAAAACAACUAGCAGAAGAAUGUGAUUCUACUGAAAGAUGUUUUAUUGAGGAGGCUAUAACUUUAUUACAAGAAAGAGAAGUUGUUUUGGGUUCAGGUUCCUGUUGUGAUUCAGUAGUUGGAGCAUUAACGGGUCUGAAUAUAGCUGAUAAAUCAAAUGAAUUAUCUGUGAAGACUGAGAAUUCAACAGGCAUAUCUGGUACUCAACCAUCCAGAUACCAUUAUUUUUAUCAAGCCUCUGACGGGCAACAUCUCUAUCUUCACGCAAUCAAUGCCAGAAUGCUGGAACACACUUACGGAUCUUUAGAAUUUGGUCCUAAAACUUUAACUGGAAGAAUUUUGGAAAAAGAAGGCGGUUCUAUGACAGAAGAUCUUCGCAAGAGAUUGAGAUACCUUCAGCAUUUACCAGUCACUUGCCAAUUUGAAGUUGCGGAAAUUCAACUCAAGCAACCUGUGGUGAACAAAGAGACCAUGGAAUAUUUUCAAGGUAAAACAAUGACUAGUCCAAUUUAUUUAUUUAUUUCUUAUUCAAAGAUGGCAGCAACAGAAAAGAAAUGGUCUCCUGUUUGGCCCAAUUUGAAACCCACCUCAAGCUCAGUAACUUCUCCAAAAGUAAUUGAGGUUACUGGUUUUGAAAUGGGAACCACACCCAAUACGCAUACACAUGAUAGUAAUGCUGAACUGGAAGGAUAUGAGACAGUACCUUCGUUAAAUAGAAAUUUUGGCGAUGCUAUUGCUCAAGCUCUUCAACAGGCAGAGAAAACAGAGGAAAAUGGUAAGCUAGGCUAGAUGGUGAAUUUGAUU